GUCGUGCGAGCGGCCAGCCGGCUGCAUGGCGCGCUGCGAGCAGCUUCACGGCGCGGGCCUGCGCGACGUGCUGGGCCGGACGCAGGGCGUCCUGUUCGACUGCGACGGGGUGUUGUGGAACGGCGAGCGCGCCGUGCCCGGUGCCCCGCAGCUGCUGGAGCGGCUGGCCCGGGCCGGCAAGGCGACGCUGUUCGUGAGCAACAACAGCCGGCGCGCGCGGCCCGACUUGGCCCUCCGCUUCGCGCGCCUGGGCUUCGGGGCGCCGCGCGCCGAGCAGCUCUUCAGCUCGGCCGUGUGCGCCGCGCGCCUGCUGCGCCAGCGCCUGCCGGGGCCGCCGGGCGCGCCGGGCGCCGUGUUCGUGCUGGGCGGCGAGGGGCUGCGCGCCGAGCUGCGCGCCGCGGGGCUGCGCCUGGCGGGCGACCCCGGCGACCCCCCGGACGCCCCUUCGCGCGUGCGCGCCGUGCUCGUGGGCUACGACGAGCACUUCUCCUUCUCCAAGCUGAGCGAGGCGUGUGCGCACCUGCGCGACCCCGACUGCCUGCUCGUGGCCACCGACCGCGACCCUUGGCACCCGCUCAGCGACGGCAGCCGGACCCCGGGCACAGGGAGCCUGGCCGCUGCUGUGGAGACAGCCUCAGGCCGCCAGGCCCUGAUAGUGGGCAAGCCCAGCCCCUACAUGUUCGAGUGCAUCACGGAGCACGUCCCUAUGGACCCCGCCCGCACGCUCAUGGUGGGGGAUCGCCUGGAGACCGACAUCCUCUUCGGCCACCGCUGCGGCAUGACCACCGUGCUCACACUCACAGGCGUCUCACGCCUGGAGGAGGCCCAGGCCUACCUAGCGGCUGGCCGGCACGACCUGGUGCCCCAUUACUACGUGGAGAGCAUCGCGGACUUGAUGGACGGGCUGGGGGACUGAGCCCACUGACCUGUCGCCCUCCCUCCCGCGCCCUGAGCCCCCUGGACAGACGCGGGGCUCAUGCCUUGUGAACCACGUUCUGUGCCGUGGGUGCCCUGGCCUGUCUCUUCACCUUGGUGGGGUUGGGACCCAGGGGCGGUUUGCCCUGACAGUGGCUGGGCCCUGCUGUUCCAAGGCUCCCCUGGCCUGACCCAACCAGGUGGCCUUAUUUCCUGCCCUGUCCACUGCCCUUUGCGAAAAAUGGGCCCUGGUGCCCACCGAAGGUUCCCUGACCCUGAACACUUGAUUUCCUCCCUGUCUCUAGGUCCCCCGGGAGCCCUGCCACCACCAGGGGGCCCUCCAGCUCCGGCUGGCCAGUCGGAGGUCUGGGUAGCCACAGCCCAUUGUCUUAGGAAACCAAAGGAGGAUGAGUGACAGACAGUGAGUCCCUGCCAUCAGUCCCAAGAGGAGCAGUGACCCCCGCCUGUCCUCGAGCCCCAGUGCACCCAUCAGAAGCCAAGCUAUGGCCAUCCUUGCAUGUCCUAGGACCUGGGGACACCGAGUAACCACCCACUGGUCUCUUAGACCCCCGGUAGAACAGUGUGGAAGUCGGGGAGACAGUGGCUCCUUGGCAGUCUGCAAUUGGCUGGACAGAAAGUCCAGAUUUUCAGUAAAUAAAUAUGGGGCUGAGUAUGAAGACACUCCUCUACAAAGCUUGGGGACCUCGGGGCUGCUGUGGAGAGCUCCAUCCCUCUACGGCCCCUGUCCAGUGUUGACAAUGGCCACAAUUGAGCAGGGGGUCUGCCCGCCCCCCCCCCCGGCCCCCGUGUCAGUGUUGUGCCACCUUCCCCAAGCCCAUGUCCAGCUAUUUAUUUAUUUAUUAUGUGCCAGUAGGUGGGGGCUGGGCCCUCCCACUCCCUCUCCCCGUUGUAACCAGUCCUUAAUAAAGUGCCCCUGGGAGUGUC